GUACACAACAGCUGCCGGCAGAUCUUGCCUCACCUUCCAUCACAAUGAAGUUCGCUAUUGUGAUUGCUUGUCUUCUUGGACUUGUCCUGGCUCCAGCUCUUGCUGAGAGGAAUGGCAAGAAACACUUCGAGGGACACAGCGAUGAAAGCUCAGAUGGAAGCUCAGACGAAAGCUCAGACCACUCUUCAGGUAGCGCUGGCGUCAGCUCUGAGUCAGAAGAUGACUCUGAGCCCUGGAAAUCUGUCUGGGACGUCAAGACUGGAUACGUUGCAACCAAGGUCUUUUCAAAAAACACCUGCAUCAUUGCUAAAAUAGACACAGGUUUUUUGCUUGAGAAACACUUUCCUGCUCAAGGACACAAGGGACCUGGUCCUCACCAGCUUCCACCCAGAGAGAAUCGCUUCAUUAUCUCAAGAAGGAGACUCCAAAACUUACACACAUAUGGGAAACUCAUUCAAGAUCUGUGCCGAGGAGUUCCCUCUUACCUUGCUCACCCCGCUGCUGGAUCCAACUUCCUACAAGAAGAUGUCCCGUGUUUGAAAGUUAAUAUUAAGGAACAGUCUGUCUACUAUUGUGAUUGAUUAUUCCUGACGUUUUGAGGAACAACAUUCACAGAACCCUG